CUAAAACGAAUCUAUAAAGCCACUAUAGAUGGUCUCUCGGCAGAUGUAUUUCAUAAGAAAUGUGACAAUAAAGGAGCUACUGUAACAAUCUGUUGGAAUACUGAUGGUUGUGUUUUUGGUGGAUAUACCGCAAUAGAUUGGAAGAGCACCAACACCAUAGUCCAAGAUACAUCAGCGUUUAUUUUCACCUUGUCUGAGGGAAAUACUCAAAAAAAAACCAAUGAAAUGUUUCGGUCUAAUGGUUGUUUUAAUCAACAAUAUAUAGACGAAAUCCACCAAACAUAUGGUUAUGAAUAUGAUUAUGAUUAUGGUCAUCAUCAACAUCUCGACCCAGCCACUGUUUGUAAUAAUAAUUUUAACUAUGAUGAAGUCGAAGUUUAUCAGUUAUUUCUACAUCACCUAGUAUCAAAGCUUAGACGUCUACAACGCGAAAGUUACUGGAUCGAUCAGCUACAGACUGCCACAAUCAAGAAAACUGUAGAAGAUUAUAAACCAAUACAAGGAGCCGAGGUUGACCAAUGUAGAAUUCUAAUGGUUGGAUGUGUAGGCGCCGGUAAAUCAAGUUAUUUCAAUACCAUCAAUUCUGUAUUCAGAGGUCACGUGACCAGUCAAGCUGCUGCCGGAAGUGCUGAACAUAGUUUCACCACCAAGUUUAGAAGUUAUCAAAUAAGAAAUGGGUCGCAAUAUUUGAAAGUAAGAUUAUGUGAUACACGAGGUCUGGAGGAGUCCCAAGGAGUAGAUCCUGAAGAUAUUACUGCUAUGUUAGAUGGACACAUGCCGAAUAAAUAUUCAUUUAACCCUUUUGCUGCGAUCACACCAGAAACUCCGGGAUAUAUAAAAACACCGAGUUUAAAUGAUAAAAUACAUUGUCUAGCGUUUAUUAUUGAUGGAACUUCAGUCAACGUUAUGAAUGCAUCUAUUUUAACUCAGUUUAAAAUGAUACAGAAAUUAGCCAAUCAGAGAGGAAUACCUCAAGUCAUAAUUUUAACAAAAGUUGACGAGAUUUCUCAAGAAGUGAAAGAAAAUUUGUCUAAUUUAUUUUAUUCUCGUGACGUUGCCAAGGUGGUGGAUAAAGUUUCCCAAUUAAUAGGGCUACCAAGAGGCCAUGUUUUACCAGUUAAAAAUUACGAGAAGGAAACAGAAUUAAACGAAACGGUGGAUAGAUACGCUCUACUUUCACUUCAACAAAUGUUACGAUUUGCUGACGAUUGUUUGUGUGAUGUAUUAGACGAUUAA